AGAGGUGUCACCUGGUAUCGUCAUCGCACGCCUCGUUGCGUUCGCUGUCGCCGUGCCCAUCACUUCAGUCGUCGUCGUCGAUCGGUGGUUGUGGUGGUGGUGGUAUGGUCGGAGGCGGAGGCGGCGGCGGAGCAGGAGGAUCAUCCACACGACGAAAUGCGGCGAUUGCAUCGACGUCCUCGACGACGUCGUCGGCCGCCGGAAGGCGAGCAUCCGCGUUUGUUCGGAGAAUGUCGAUGGCAAUUCCGACACUGUCAGCGGAUCCGGUGCCGUUUUCAGCGGUUCUAUCACUUGGCGCCGAUGUUCUGCCAGAGUACAAACUGCAGCCAACUAGGAUACAUCACUGCACAAUUGUACAUUACAGUCCGUUCAAAGCAGUAUGGGAUUGGAUAAUUCUGUUACUUGUAAUAUAUACGGCUGUAUUUACACCGUAUGUGGCCGCAUUUCUACUCCGUGAACUACAGGACACAGCCAAAAAAUCACGGUUUACGGAACCACUGGAAAUUGUCGAUUUGAUUGUUGAUAUCAUGUUUAUUGUUGAUAUUAUUAUUAAUUUUCGAACCACAUAUGUCAAUGAGAAUGAUGAGGCGUGUCAGGUGGUGUCGGAUCCAGGAAAAAUUGCCACGCAUUACUUCAAAGGAUGGUUCAUCAUCGAUAUGGUCGCUGCAGUACCAUUCGAUUUAUUGCUUGUCAGUACAAACAGUGAUGAGACAACAACACUUAUCGGGUUGCUAAAAACUGCUCGUUUAUUACGAUUGGUACGGGUCGCCAGAAAACUGGAUAGGUAUUCGGAAUACGGUGCUGCUGUUUUACUACUUCUUAUGGCUACAUUUGCACUUAUAGCACAUUGGUUGGCAUGUAUAUGGUAUGCAAUUGGUAGUGCAGAAUUAUCACAUAAAGAGUACACAUGGUUGCAUCAGUUAUCCAAGCAACUUGCACAACCUUACACAUCAACAAAUGGUACAAUACCAACCGGUGGUCCAACGUUAAAAAGUCGAUACGUAACAUCACUCUAUUUUACAUUAUCCACAAUUACAUCUAUCGGUUUCGGAAAUGUAUCGGCGACGACAGACUCUGAGAAGAUCUUCACAAUUAUCAUGAUGAUUCUCGGUUCUUUGAUGUACGCCUCUGUGUUCGGUAAUGUAUCGGCGAUUAUUCAGAGGUUGUACUCGGGAACUGCAAGAUAUCAUACGGAGAUGUCAAGGCUCAGAGAAUUUAUCCGAUUUCACCAGAUCCCAAAUCCUCUACGACAACGAUUAGAGGAAUACUUCCAACAUGCAUGGUCCUACACCAACGGAAUUGACAUGAAUUUGGUUUUGAAGGGGUUUCCCGACUGCCUUCAAGCUGAUAUUUGUCUUCAUUUGAAUAGGAAUCUGUUGAGUGGUUGUGCAGCAUUUGCAGGCAGCACACCCGGAUGUCUCAGAGCACUUUCGAUGAGGUUUCGAACGACACAUUCACCGCCGGGAGAUACUCUGGUACAUCGUGGAGAUAUUUUAACGGGAUUGUACUUCAUCGCGAGAGGAAGUGUAGAAAUAUUGAAUGAUGAUAACACGGUUAUGGGGAUUUUGGGCAAAGAUGACAUAUUUGGAGAGAAUCCCCUAUUAUAUGACGAAGUUGGCAAAUCAUCAUGUAAUGUGAGGGCGCUCACCUAUUGUGAUCUGCAUAAAAUAUUGAGAGACGACCUCCUCGAUGUACUUGACAUGUAUCCCGAGUUUGCUGAAACAUUUUGCAAGAAUCUCACGAUAACAUACAAUUUGAGAGAUGAUGCUCAAAGUCUUCGCAAGAAAUUCGAUCGUCAUAAAUUGCUUCGAAUGUCAUCAUCAAUGAACAAAGAUCGGUAUACAACACCUCCAGAUGGGGAUCAUGGAAAUGCGGCUGUUAGAAGAAGUGCUGAAUCAGUUUCUCGAUGUGAUUCAAAUCCCAUCGAUAGGAGGCAGUCAGCCGGAUCGAGGAACCGAUCAGAUGAUUAUGAAGAACGAAGGGCAAACAUGUUUGGAAGGAGGCUUGAAUCAAUUGAAAGCCAAAUGGAACGAAUGCAGAACAAGUUUAAUAGUGAUAUGGAGACAUUGAUCAAACUUGUAAAAGAGCAAUCGAUAAUCCGAAACAAUGGAUCAUCAAAUGAAGAGCCCAAUGCCCGUUACCGUCCGAACAACUACAUAUCGUCAGCGAUACGUCUUCCGAAUGGAGGUGGUGGUGGAGUUGUCGAUGAGAUGAGAGUCUCGAGGCUCUCAUCACACGAGCCACCAACACCCACACAAGAAACUGAUACUAUUCUAUAACCCGGUUUCUCUCUUUCUCUGUCUCUCUCUCCAUCUUUCUUUCUCUCUCACAUCCAACCCAAUUCAGUCCUUCUUUCCUUUUUCUCAGGGAUCUUUUUCCGAGUGCCUCUUCACAAAAACAUUUUUAUAUGAUUACAAAUUGUCCAGAGUUUUAUUCGUAGGAUCAAAAAACGUUUUGAAUGGAAAAUAGUCGAAUUGUGCGAACACCGGCGUACGCAUCGAGGAGAGGUUAGAAUUUAGUUUUACACGAGCUGCGUAAAUCGACACAAGGCCGCUUCGAUGCACCAUGUUCCACUCUCAACUAUUUUCCAUCUCAAAACGUUCAUUUUCUCUCAACUCCCGGUUUGCAAAGCUGUGUGAUUUGUUUUUUUUUUUCAUUUUCCACCAAAAAUCAAUAACCACACUUUUAUACCCCCUCCUAAUAUUCUCAUAUCUAAUACCCCCGGAUAGCCACUAGUGAUCUCUUUCCAUCUCCCACAAAACUAAAGGAAACGUUUUCUUUCAAAUGCCAAAAAGUAUUUCAAAUCUUUUUUUUUUUUGCAAUUUCAACUUCAAAAACAAAACAAAAUUCGUGUUUUCAUCAUGUCUUUCUCGCGGGUUCAUAUGUCGCAACACUUUUUUCAAUGUUCUCCAUCAGUUUUCCCCUAAUAUAAUGUUUUUUUUUGCAAUUUUUCUUUUAAAAUCUGAUCGUCUAGAUGCCUUUUCUUUGUAUGUUUUUCUUUUGAAAUUUUCUCUCUUCGUAUCCCAAAAUCACAUCACAUCCCCUUUUUGACAUUCUUUCUAUGCACCCACACUAAACAAAAAAAUUUCGAUAAAAAUUUUAAAAUUUGA